AUGGAUAAGGCAAGGUGUCCGUCUCCCCAUGCAACGCCAGAGCUCCCUGUCAUCCUCAGGAAUCAGAUCAAGGCUCUGGGGGGUUUUGAUGUCACUUUUGUAAUCCAGAAGUCUCUCUUCAAGAUUGAUGUGAGUUCCGAUCACAACCGUCUGUCCAUACCGUUGAACCAUAUACAACAAGGUUUCCUCACACCCGAAGAGAACGAGAGGUUGAACUCGAGAGGAAACGGAAAAAAAUGUGCAGAUAUGGAAGUGAUGUUGAUUGAGCCCUCCCUUCAUCGGGAAACCAUCAGUCUGAGGAAGUGGAACAUGAAGAAAGCUUCCGGAAAUUCUACCUCAAUGUAUGUGUUGGUGACUAAUUGGAAAUCGGUUAUGGAAAGGAAUAGCAUGAAGGAAAAUGAAACGUGCAACUCUGGUCUUUUUGAAUCAAGUCCAAGUUGGGUUUCGCUCUUGUAA